CAGGACAAGGCCGCGCUCAUCGGCGAGACCCGGCGGCGCUUCGAGGCCGAGUUCGUGGCCGAUAAAUCAGAUAAAUAUGAUACUAGAGAUGUGGAAAGACUUCAGCAAGAUGACAAAUGGGUUGAAAAUUAUCUGAUCUGGAGGCACGAUGUUGUGGACGACACGUUAAAGAUGAUUGAUGAAAGCUUUCAGUGGAGAAAAGAAUACACAGUUAAUGACUUGACAGAAUCUGUCCUUCCAAAAUGGUUAUUUGAAAGUGGUGCUAUCUUUCUACAUGGAUAUGAUAAGGAGGGCUAUAAAUUAUUUUGGUUCAGAGUGAAACUUCAUGUAAGAGAUGCUAAACAGCAACUUGAGAAAAAGAAACUGGUAGCGUUUUGGUUAGAACAUUAUGCCAAGAGAGAUCAUGGGAAGCCUUUAACAGUUGUGUUUGACAUGUCUGAAACUGGAAUCAGUCACAUAGACUUAGACUUUGUUCGAUUUAUUGUCAACUGCUUUACUGAUUAUUAUCCAAAUUUCCUCACAAAGAUAGUGAUCUUUGAAAUGCCAUGGAUAAUGAAUGCUGCUUUUAAAAUUGUAAAGGGUUGGCUUGGCCCAGAUGCAAUAAGCAUGUUAAAGUUCACAAAUAAGAAUGAAGUGCAGGACUACAUCAGUGGAGAGUAUUUGCCACCUCACAUGGGUGGAACUGAUUCUUUCAAGUAUAGUUAUCCUCCAUUGGUUGAUGAUGAUUUUCAAACUCCUUUAUGUGAAAAUGGGCCCAUUACUAGCGAAGAUGAGCAUGAAAGUAAAGAAGAGAUAGAUGCAGACACCAAGGAGGCUGGGGAUCCCAAUGAAGAACAAAAUCUUAAUCCUAAAAAGAUGAAUUCUGUAGAACAAAUUCCCAAAUCAGAGGAACAAACUGACAAAACAGAUUUCAAACCAAAAAAUGCAAAGAAAGCACUAACUACUUUUAAAGGACCUUUAUUGCAUAUCAGCCCAGCAGAAGAGCUGUAUUUUGGAUCCAAAGAAACCGGAGAGAGAAAGUGUUUGAUAGUACUGACAAACGUGACUAAAAACAUAGUGGCUUUCAAGGUGAGAACCACCGCUCCUGAAAAAUACAGAGUUAAACCCAGUAACAGCAGCUGUGAACCUGGUGCAUCCUUAGACAUAAUAGUAUCUCUUCAUGGUGGUUUUGCAGCUUCCCUGCAGGAUCGUUUCCUCAUAAUGGCAGCAGAAAUGGACCAGGGUUCUGGAGCRGGUGUGUCGGAACUGACGCAGUUUUGGAAAGAGGUCCCUAGGACCAAAGUGAUGGAACACAGGCUCAGGUGUCAUGUUUUAGAAAGUAGUAAGCCUUCUACUCUGACAUUAAAAGAAAAUGCGUUUAAUAUUCCUGCAAAAACCAAUGAAGAUCUACAUAUACAGCUAACUCAUUUACUGCAAAUUAAUAAAAGACUUCAAGAGCAGAUUGAUCGCUGCCUGUGGUUCCAGCAGGUGUUAGUGGUUUUGUCACUGCUGUCAGUUACUACUGCUGCCUUCUGCUUCUACCUGGUGUACACCCAGAGAAGCUAAAAAGCGUCGCCUUGUGCUGCCUGUGCUGCCUAUCACAGAUUGAAAAGGUGCUGCUCUCAAAUUCUGUUACUGCCAAAAAGAGAUUGGUGAGCCCACAACACUGAAUGAUGACUCAAGUUGCUGAAAGAAGAAGAAAAGAAUGGUCAACAAAAUACAUUAUUGAAACUUGACACUUUGUAAGGUGCAUGAAAAGGGGGUGUUUGAGCUGGGAACUAUUUUCACUGUACAACAAUAAAUACUGCUGAACUGGGAGGAGAGAGGAACAACCAAAUACAACAGUAUAAUUUAAUACUUCAUUGUAUUUUUUCUACUUUGUUCGGGUAUUUUAAAUACUGUAUUUAAUUUCUUUUGCCCAUACUCAUCUCUACGUCCUGAAUAGCUGUCAUAGAAGGUGCAAACAGUCUGCUUACUGUUUAUAAAAGUUAACUUGUUCAUUCAGGAAAAUAGGCAGAGAUUACAUAGUACAGGCAGCAUUUUCCUAUAACCUAGGUACAUCAAUACAGCAAGUAUAAAAAAGUUGGUAAUUACCAUUUAGAGAAUUCAGGCUCCAUUUCUUCAUAUUCCUUAUUUUUGUGCUUUUUCUGCAUACAAAAAUAUUAUAAAUAUUUUCUACCAAAUACCAUGCACCCAGCCAUAUUUACCUGGAAAACAACCCUUGUUUGAUUCCAAAGAUAUUAAUGAAAUAUUCCUGUUGAGACACUAUUUCUGCUCUAUAUGCUUUUUAUUGUUCUGUUUUUCUUUUUUUGAAAGCAACUAGUAAUCAAACUCAAAAAAAUUGGCAAUUGACUUCUGUUGAUCUAUUUAUAACUCAUAGAAAGUCUAACAUUUAAUCAAUCUUAAGAACUCCUGAGGUGUGCAAUAUACUUAAGUCAUGGAUGAAUAUAUGAAAAAGAAGCAAGUCAGUAAAAUUUAAUAUUGUUGAAAAGAAUAUGAAAGUGUUGUAUCUGCCAUUUCUCUGCAAGUAUCAUAGAAAUGGUAUAUGAAGCUAUUGAGAAUUUAUUCUAACAAGAAUUCUUUGUACUCAUUGCUGUAAAUAUGUAUAUUCAAAUGAUAAACACUUUAAAAGAGACUGGUAUCUUUCAUACAUUUAAAUUUUUCACUCUUGGUAAUGUGUAAAACUUAAAAAUAUUUUUCUUACUAGAAUUAAUUUUCACCACAAAUAGGCUUGCUUAGUCGGCUGUUUAGUUUUGAUCUGUCAGCUUUAAUAGAUGAGAGGCAAUUAUUUGCAGAAAAUAAAGGUCAUACCUUGCGCCUGUCUUCUUGCUAAGAUUCUCUCUUCAGUAUAGUGUAGAUUUAAUAUUAUUUCUAGGAAAUAAGAAGAGGCAGUUUAAAAAAAUGUGAGUAAACUAACUAAUAAAGCAACAUAGGGUUCAAUAUGAUUACUGAAAUAUUAUUUUGGAAAAGGCAGGACUACAGAACUGUGGUACACAGUCUUCUAUCUUUUCUUAAUUUGUACAUCAUUUUACCAUAUCAAUAUUUGCUUAUUUUUUCAUUCAUCUUACUUCUUGCUUUUCAUCGUUUUGUUCUCUUAACAAUUUGCAGCUCUAGUUUUUCACUGUUUACUAUGGAGCCCUUGUUUAAAUUAUUUUCCUGUGAACACAGUUCAGAUUCUGUGUUUUUAACAAGAUGAAUUGUUGUCAUGUUGUUAAGAAAGGUAUGCAGUAAUUUGUAACUUUUAGAUAACACUUGGUAACCAUGCUAUUAAGAUGCUUAUUCCUUAAUUUGUCUGGAUUGAAUAGCACUUUAUU